CAUUACGGCGGUGCAGGUGGAGCAGACCUGAGUGCCGCCGCCCGGGCUGAUGGAGGCCGCUCCGGAGCUGCGGGACGUGGAGAGCAAGGUGGGGCGGAAGACCCCGGAGGGCCUGCUGCGCUGGAUGAGAGAGGAGCCGGCGCUGAGGAGCUGCUGCCCCGGGAGCCGCCGGAGGAGCCUGGGGCUGGGGGACAAGAUGGAGGCGCUGCGGCUGGAGCUGGCCUGCCUCCGAGCCGUCGACGUGCAGAUUCUGCAGCAGCUGCUGCUGGUCAAUGAGGGGAUCGAGGCGGUGAAGUGGAUCCUGGAGGAGAAGGGGCCGCCCGCCAGCCGCUGCAGCAGUCUGACCAGCAGCCCGGAGACGCCGCGGCGCGCCAGCUGGAGCAGCCUCCAGGACCCCAGCGAGCGGCUGGACAGCGUCUCCAUCGGCAGCUUCCUGGACACCCUGGCGGAUGACCUGGACGAGUACAGCCUGAGCAGCAGCGAGCCCAUCGUGUCCUCCACCCCACAGCGCCCCCCGGUGCCCCGGCUGAAACCGCCUGACCCAGAAGAGAAGGCCGGGCCGGGUCAGAGCGGGAGGGCGCCCGGCAGGGUCCCCCUGGAGUAUGACGCCCACUGGCGCUGGGUGCAGUCCCAGGACGAUGUGACAUUUCUGUAACCCCGGGGGGGGGUCAGUAAUAUUGGGACUU